AUGGAUGUGAAGUUACUGAAAACGAAACAAAAUCCGGUAUCGCUUCCCGCCCGAAGAAACCAUGGAAACGCAAAAGCACUAUGUAUCAUAUGCACCACUACCACACUAUCUAUUUUAUGCUUCACAAUGGGACUGUUCUUCCACAUCUAUAAACCAACCCAGCUGAUACUAGAAGAUCGUCUAACGAUGCGACAAAUUAUGCCAUACUUCCAAUGGUGGAAAGACACCGACGACGUACUGGUUACGUGUCGAAUAUUCAUCUUCAACGUUACCAACUCCGACCGCUGGAUGGAUGGGACAGACGAUCAGCUAAUGCUGAGCGAAGUGGUCCCGAUCGUGUACCGUGAAACACUGGAGCACGAAAACAUUACGUUUCACGCGCACAACUCCACCAUGUCGUACGUCACCAGGAGACGGUUGGUGUUUCUGCCCGACCGCAAUGUCCCGGGCAUACUGAACAAAACUAUCAUCGUGCCGAACAUUUCCGUGCUGGGUGUUGCCGCUAGAAUGGAGGAUGCACCUUACUUAGUCAAGCGUACGCUCAAUUUUAUGAUCACCAUGUCCGACGAUACCGUCUUCAGCCGCAUGACAAUCUACGACUACUUGUGGGAUACGAGACCACCGUUUCUGAACAAGGUCAGAAAGUUCGUCCCGAGCAUGGUGCCCUCCGAAAAUGUUGGCGUGUUAAAAACGAUGUACGAAGAUAACGAGGACCAUGUAAACGUGCGGCACGGGAAACACUACGGCGACGAGCAGUUUUUCAUGAUGAACACGUACGAGUAUGAACCUACGGUGCCAGGCUUCAGUCUCGCCAAAGGUGACUGUUUCGCUUCGAUCCAGAACUCCUCCGAAGGUGCGACUUAUCCGCAAAACCUGAACGAACACUCGGUGCUGGUCUACUGGCGCAAAACGCUCUGCCGCGCAGUGCCACUGUACUUUGAGCGUCGGGUACAGAAAGGUCCCCUGACGGGGUACAAGUACUCACUGCCGGAUGAUUCGUACGAUCGUUUGCCGAACAGUACGGCCGACUGCUAUAAAGGGCAGUACGGUUUGCUUGAGGAUGGAAUGACGGACACAUCCAAAUGUUCACAUGAUGUUCCCAUUGUCGCCACCAGUCCACACUUUUAUGCGCGCAAUUUCUCCAACGCACAUAAGAUAACGGGCAUGAAACCAAACCGGGAAGAACAGCAAAGCUACACGAUUGUCGAUCCAUCCUUCGGCAUACCGUUGGAUCAGUGUGCCCGUACCCAGACGAAUCUGGCCAUACCGGAGCUUACCGGCUAUUCGCCCGAAAUCAGACGCUUCAGUAACAUGAUCAUACCGUUGUUCUGGAUCGAAUAUCAUCAGAAAGAGCUACCAUCGUACAUCGUGCGGACACUGCAAGCUUUCUACGUAAUACGGGACGUCGAACCAUACAUGCCAUACGUGCUGUACCUCGCCUUUAUACUACUGCUGGCAGUUGCGUUCCGCGAGGCAGCACGCUACAAAAUGCAACGCAAAAUAACGCCUACAAAGUGUACAAAACCGAACCUGACCAGUCUCUAG